CGAACGGCGCCUGAAACAAGGAAAGCAAAGAUGAGUGAGAGAUGAGUGGGCGGGACCUGCGCGCCUUCCUGGCGACUCGCCGGGCUGAGGAUGCAGAGAAGCUGACCCAGAGGGCGAAGAACGGACUGGGGCUUCCCAAAUACAAGCCUGUAGUGUACGAGGAACUCCAUGCCAUGGUGCAGGCCAAGAGACUCUCCUCUGAACAUGCUCAGUGCAAGAUGCAGAAGGCGAUGCGUGCAGAUCAGAUCAGGAGAGAGAACUUCCUGCUUCGCCAGCACCGACAGCUGUGGAGCGUCGAGUCCCACAAGCUGGCCAGAGCCAGAGAGCGGGCAGCAGCAGACGUCAGGGGCUUCCUGGCUUGCGGGAGGCUGGAGGAAGAGGAUGAUGGACAUCUCCUCAGUGAGCUGCUGGAAUAUGAACUGUCUUUAGAGCAUGAUCGUGAGGUUUUUCGAUUGGCCACAGUUGUUCCAGUGUGCCAGCUGAGAGAGGACCUGCUAUACAGACUGACGUCAGGACCACUGGCAGCCAAUCAGCAUACAGAAUGUAUGCACGUUCUUCAGCAGGUGGCAUUUGUGAAGAAGCAGCAGCAGGCUGUGAUGGACAGACUGCAGGACGAGUGCUGUACUCUGCAACAGGAGCUCUCUGCUGCUGGACAGGAGGCUAGGCUGGCCUCUGCUGAGCUGGCAGAGUGCGUAGCAGCUCUGGUGCAGUUGCCAGACGAGGUUAUGGCUGCGGAUUACCCAUCCGCAGAGCUCGGAGCCUGUGUCAUCUCUGCCUUCCACUCGCUGGCAGACAAAUACACAGAGCGGCUCGAAGUGGUGCAAAGCAGGCUGCUGGACAUGGACAGGAACUGUGGCUGGUGUGAGGAGGAUCACCUGCGUUUCCUGCACACCGUGCGUCAGUAUUCUCCAGAGCUGAGGCACCACAGAGGCCUGUGCAGGGACCUGCUGCAGAGGGUUCUGCCCCACCUGUCCCGAGCAGAGCUGAGCAACCAUGAGAGGAGCUGGGACUGGUACCGCUUCAGUGUGGCCCAGGAGAGGCUGGUCCUGGAGAGCUGGAGCAGGGAGCGGGCGGCGCUUCGGCUCCAGGCCCUGGGGGCCCUGGAGGAGGCCAGGGCCAAACACCAGGAGCAGCAGGCCCUGCACAGAGACCGCUGCCAUCAGCAGCACGCCUGCGCUCUGCUUAAACACAAGCUGCAGCAAUGGCGUGAGAAACAGGAGGAGGUGGCUCAGCUUGAGGUGCUUCUAGCAGCCCAAUGGCAUGAGGAGGAGAAAGAAAGAGAGAGAGAGGAGCAGGAGAGAGAGCAGGCCAAGAGGACCAGCGACAAAGAGCGGGUGCGGGAGUUUUACGCCGAGUUGGGGAGGAGGAGGGCAGAGUGCCGGCAGAGGGAAGAGGCUCGGCUGGUGGAGCUCAGGGGGGUGAUGGAGGAGCAGGCCAGGCGUGAUAAGGAGAGGGUUGAAUACAGAGAACAGCUGUUGGAGCAUCGGAAGCAGGAGCAAGAAGCUAAAGAGAAACUCAAAGAAAGAGACGAGGACGAGAGAAAGGAGAGACUUAAGAGGCUACGCAGUCAGGUGGCCGUGGUGGCAGACGCAGACCCAGAGAGGAUGAUGGGACAAACUGAAGCAUGGAGGACCCGUCUACAGCCUGACAAAGAAGAGUUUAUACUGCAGAGACCCCUCUAUGACUUGUACACAUAUACAGAUAAACAGAUCGUGGCUGACCCACGGGUGCGUAUCGAGCAGGCACUGAGGAUGGCUGGCGUGCACCACACGGCCUACGCAAGGGAGCUCCUCUCUGCGGUCCGUCCACCAAAACCACCACGGAGGGACACGGAGUCCUCUGCCUUGAGUUCCUAACAGCUCAGACUGCCUUCCCCCUUUACUGUUAAUGCUAUCUAAAUGACAUCCUGGGUCAGAGCAGUUACAGCGUGUUUAUGUUUUACCUGCCCCAGCACAAAACCAAAAACAACAGAAUCUCGGGAUGGCCCAGACAUUUUCCCCCAGAGCACUGUACACAGGGACAGUGUUUUCAUUCCAGCUGUAGAUCAUUUUUUUUUAAAUUCUCCUAAAAUGAUUUGCAUUAAUGAAUGAUAAAAAUGCUGUGGAAAAAAAAAAAAAAUUUGAAAAGUGAUUGAAAUGUUUGCCAUGUAAAGAUCUAACACAUAUAUGAUUAAAGC